CUGGGAAUGCGCGUUCACGAGGCGAACGGUCAUCUUUAAACCCCAGAAAGAAUCUUCUUCCGUUUAGCGCCACGAUUCACAGCGAUAGAUAUAUAGUUCCCUGUAUUUAGGUCUGAAUUUUUACAUAGUUUAGUCAACGGGGAGGUGAAUAACUGGUUAUAUUGAUUAGAUGACACAUUAUGGAUACUGUAUAAGCUAAUUUGGUUGCUUGUUGGUCUUCUGACAGCAACAAAACAGACGGAAAAAAAACCCCGAACGAACCGAGUAAAGGAAGGCGUUGUUAUUAGCCUGCUAGCUAAGUUAGCUGUCGUUAGCUCCCAAGCUAAAGGUUUGCUUUAAUAACGUAUAUUUCGUUUAUUUGUUGCUCUCUUGCUCGUUUAUCCACCUCGGACUCGACUAUACGUGACUAUAGAGGGUCCUGUCUUGUGCUUUUAUACGGAGAUGAGCGCAAGAUGUCGGUUUCGGGACUGAAGGCCGAGCUGAAGUUUCUCGAGUCCAUUUUCGACACGAACCACGAACGCUUCAGGAUCAUCGACUGGAAGCCUGAUGAGCUGAGCUGCCAGUUUAACGUGACCGGAGAAAAGCUGCUUAUAAUACACUGCAAUAUCACGGAAUCCUAUCCUUCAACGCCACCAUUAUGGUUUGUGGACUCCGAUGACCCAAGUCUGACCCAAAUUUUGGAACGCCUUGAGGAUGUAAGAAAAGGCAACACGCUGCUCCUGCAGCAGUUGAAGAGGCUGAUCUGUGACCUGUGUAGGCUGUAUAAUCUACCUCAGCAUCCCGAUGUAGAGAUGCUGGAUCAACCUCUCCCCGCUGGCCCUGUCAACCAAGAGAGAAAGCAUGGUACCAUCGAUGAAGUAACUUCAGAGGAGGAAGAGGAAGAAGACAUGGGAGAGGAUAUAGAGGAGCUCGAUCACUAUGAGAUGAAAGAGGAGGAGCCAGUAGAUGGGAAAAAGUCUGAGGAUGACGGCAUAGAGAAAGAGAACCUGGCUAUCCUUGAGAAGAUCCGCAAGAACCAGAGGCAGGACCACUUGAACGUAAGUGCUCAUUCGGGAGCGGUGUCGGGCUCCGUCCAAGCUUCAGAUCGUCUAAUGAAGGAACUUCGUGAGAUUUACAGAUCUCAAAGUUAUAAAUCAGGAAUUUAUUCAGUGGAGCUCGUUAACGACAGCCUAUACGAGUGGCACGUCAAGCUAAGAACAGUUGAUCCAGACAGCCCUCUGCACAGUGACCUUCAAGUGCUGAAAGAGAAGGAGGGCAUGGAUUACAUCCUUCUCAAUUUCUCAUACAAAGACAACUUUCCCUUCGAUCCACCGUUUGUACGAGUAGUUUCCCCUGUGCUGUCUGGAGGUUACGUCCUUGGAGGAGGAGCCUUGUGCAUGGAGCUACUCACCAAGCAGGGCUGGAGCAGUGCCUAUUCCAUCGAAUCUGUCAUCAUGCAGAUUAACGCCACUUUAGUCAAAGGAAAAGCCAGAGUGCAGUUUGGAGCCAAUAAGAACCAAUACAAUCUUGCCAGAGCACAGCAGUCUUAUAAAUCACUGGUGCAGAUCCAUGAAAAGAAUGGCUGGUACACACCACCCAAAGAAGAUGGAUAAGAACAACGUCUGGUCAUUCAAACAAGGACAGAAUGUAUCGGAGUCAACAGCUGUUCUUCUUUUAGAUUGAUUUUUCUUUUUUUUCUUUUUUUUUUCCACCUCCUUGUUUUUCCUUUUUGUUUUUUUUUUUCCUUCUCAUCGUCUCGCUAGUUGGAGAUUCACCAUGUCUGGAUUAUAGACUUCUGAACUGAGUGGUUUGGAGAGUUAACGGGUAAAACAUAUUCCUCUACCAUGUUGGCUAUACUGCGUGCCACUGCUCAUUCUCUCCUGCUAGUUCUCCGCUGCUUUCUCUUUGGCUGUUUGUUUGGCAGAAUUGAAAACGGCAGAUUUCUUUGAGUGGCGCCCGUGACCACUUGCUUCAUGGAUGGACGGUCCUAUGAUCGGAGACACCCUACAUUAACACCGGCACGUUAACUACACACAAACAGGCUUUCGGAUACCACGGCUUACCCAAACCUCCUUUAUUUCUCCACCACUUCAAACGUGAACAUUAUGGAGAAAAAGAAACUAUGGAGAGACUAGUUUUGGUUGGAGGAGACUAAAGUGUUUAACACUUGUAAUGAAGAAUCCACUUUUUUUUUUUUCUUUUUUUUUUUUUAAAUAUAUAUAGAGAUGGUGGCUAAAUGCCAUCAUUACCCCCAUCUUCUUGUUCUGGGGAAUUUUCCUGGUCACAAUGAAAAUCCGACCAGGCCCAUUGGACUCGAUCACUGUAAAGUCAUCAAUUUCCGCCUGUAAGUAAAACUUAUAAAGAUGUAUCGCAGAGAACUUGUGCAUUUCAGACCGGGCCAGAUCGCUUCAAAACAUGCCUGCAUAGCGCGGCACGUCCGUCUGAAGAUUUAUCUUGCAAAUAGAAUAAGGAUAAAUUACUUAAUGAUAUCCUCAUGUUGACAAAAGGAAUAUCUUAAACAUGUUUUAUGUACACAUUAUGACUACUGCUGUUUUUUUUUUUUGUUUUUUUUUGUUUUGUUUUGUUUUUUUCUCCUCGUGAGAAUGGAAGUGAUGUGUGGCUUAUGCUGUCAUUAACUGCAAUUGUGACCAUUCCUCUUUAACCAGUGUGAUUCCUGCUGUGUUUAUUACAUCAACACCGUUAUGUAAAACGUUAUAUAUCUAUUUUUUUUCCCGUCAACUCGGGCACAUAGUAAGGUAGAAGUGUUAAGUGGUCAGGCAGAUUAUACAAAGUUCACUAACGAAAGCCACAAAAUGAUCUAAAUUGUUUUUUUUUUCUAAAGAUAUUUAUGAAGCCCCGAUCCAUUCCUGUGGGGAAAAGAAAUCUGUAACGUGACCAUUAUUGCCUUAAAAACGUCCUUUUUAACGUCACUGACCUAUUUUACAACUUCCCGUAAAGCUUCAGCUUUCUAACCUACACACAGCCGAUCGAUUCGUAACCAGAGGCUUCGUCUACGUGACGGGCGUCGGAAUCGUCAGGCGGAAUUUUUUGUCUUCUUACAUCAGUACUCUUUUUACUCAUCCAGCAAAACGUGUCGAGAGGGACGUCGUUUAAAACUCGCGUCUCUUCUUACCAGAAAUCACCAUGUGAUCCACCUGGACAUUGUUCCUCUUUCUCCAUGUAAAUGCCUUUUGGUAUUAUUAUUUUUCUGUUUCGGUUUUAUUUGGACCAUUAAAUAGCUCAUUGUUACUGUUGAUCGGUGGCUUAUCUAAUUUAAAAACCAAGACAUGUCACAAGCAGGGUGGGAGCAAAAUUAAUGAUCUCCGCAGCAAAGUGAGAAGGCAAGGGUGUAGUGUUGGUUAUUUAUACCAAAACCUUAAGUCAUUAAUGUGUAUUUAAGGAAAAAUCCACCCUGACUCUCUGAUAAUAAAUAAAUCUAACACCUUUUGAAGGUCACAUGUUAAUUCUAAUUAAAUUCUGAGGAGUUUUUUUUCUCCAUUGACAUGUUGGAUUGUUUUCUCUUCUGUAAACAAUUUGCCGCUCAUCUGCCUGCCGAUAAGAGAGUAGCGGGAUUUGGCCCACGAGACAUCUCUCUUAAGAGAGCGACACAGCAGUGCUUUAGGGGAGAACUCUGUCCUGAUGGCUCACCUUCACAUCUCAAACAGAUCGGCUUCCAGAGCUCCACCUUUUCAACGUCGUCAGUCGAGCUCAGAACGAUAACAGAUCAGUAAUCGUUCAGGCCGUUUCUCUGCCGUAACCCCGUCAUCACUUAUGUAGAGCUGCACUACGUUCCGGAGCUGUGAGUCUAAUGUUUUGCACCAGUGUUGUAACCUUCACGAUUUCUAGGCUGGAGUAUAUAUCUUAUCUUUAUAAUAUAUGAAUCUUAUUAAUGUCUUUUGAAAUUUGCUGGAAUAUGGUGAGUAAGGACAUGAGCUGUUUUUUUUUUUUUUUUUGUUUAUAACCUGACCAACAUCCUGUUUGAGAUUUGUUUCCCUCCCAUUCUUUUGUAACUCUACUAGCAAAGACAUCAGCACAGCAGACAACCAGUGGCAAGACUCAGAAA